UUGAUUAAUUGAUAAGUCCUAUCUCACCCUUGAAGAGGACGAAAACAAGGCAGCACAAAGUGAGAGCAGAAAUGGGAAAGAAGGCUCUGCUGAUCGGAAUUAAUUACCCAGGAACCAAGGCGGAGCUGAGAGGAUGCAUAAACGAUGUCAAGAAAAUGUACAAAUGCCUCGUAGAUCGAUUUGGAUUCUCCGAAGAUGACAUCACCGUUCUCAUCGACACAGAUGACUCCUACGUCCAGCCUACGGGCAAGAAUAUCCGCAAGGCGCUCUCUCAUCUUAUAGCGUCGGCUGAGCCUGGCGAUUUUCUCUUCGUCCAUUACAGUGGCCAUGGAACAAGGCUGCCUGCCGAGACUGGCGAGGAUGAUGACACUGGAUACGACGAGUGCAUCGUACCCAGUGAUAUGAAUCUCAUAACUGAUGAUGACUUCAGGGAGUUCGUUGAUAAAGUCCCUGAAGAUUGUCUUAUCACGAUCGUAUCUGAUUCCUGCCACAGCGGAGGUCUUAUCGAUGAGGCAAAGGAACAGAUAGGGGAAAGCACGAAGAAUAAUCAGGCUCAGGCCAGAGAAAGCUUUGGAUUUAAAAGUUUCUUGCACCAGACCGUUAAGGAUGCAUUAGGAUCGCGUGGGAUUCACCUCCCACAUCGCCAUCGCCACAGGCACGAGGAUGACGAUGAUAAGGAGGAGGUGGAGGCUAGGGAAUUUGAACUUGAAGAUGGUGAAAUAGUGAAUGUCAAGAGCAGAUCGCUGCCACUCUCAACUCUCAUUGACAUUCUGAAGCAAAAAACGGGUAAAGAUGACAUUGACGUUGGGAAACUGAGACCUACCCUGUUUGAUAUCUUUGGGGAAGAUGCAAGCCCCAAAGUAAAGAAAUUUAUGAAGUUUAUCAUGGAUAAACUGAAUCAUAGGGAUGAGGAUGGGCAUGGGGGAUUCCUAGGCAUGGUCGGGAAUCUAGCCCAGGAGUUUCUCAAACAGAAACUGGAUAAUGACGACGAAUAUGCGAAACCUGCAAUGGCAACGCAACUGUCGAGCAAAACUGAUGCUUAUGCUGGACCCAACAAGCGUUCACUUCCCGAUAGUGGAAUUUUGAUCAGUGGCUGCCAGACUGACCAAACUUCUGCAGAUGCUAGUCCCAAGGGGAAUUCGGGGGAAGCUUAUGGAGCUCUCAGUAAUGCUAUUCAGACAAUAAUAUCUGAAUCUGAUGGUACAGUUACCAACCAGGAGAUUGUUCUCAAGGCCAGGCAGAUGCUCGAGAAACAAGGUUUUACUCAGCGGCCUGGCCUCUAUUGCAGUGACCAUCAUGUAGGUGCAUCCUUUGUGUGUUAGCCUUGUCUGCUUAUGCCUAAAUAAAAUGUAAACCUGGUGUCUUUCUUUGUUUUUCUUUUUAAUGUUUGCGAUGCUAGACAUUUUGAGUAUUUGAACAAAAAUUUUACUUCAUCUA